GUGUUCUACAAGCAAGAUAAUGAUGAGCUCGGAUCAUUGUUUCCUUCAUAUUUUAGUACAAGAAGAUAAUAGGUCAGGAAGUGGCACAAAAAGCAGGGACGCUAAUGAUUCUGCAAAGACAAAUGAGAGUAUUAAAAGCAUCAUCUGUGGCAAAAGUAAUGAUUGUGGGCAAUGUUGUAGAGAAUAUGAAAGUGAUAAUUCUUAUGCUAACUAUUCCGAGGACUUCAUCAGUGAGCUCAGAAACACCUAAAAAGAGCAAUAAUUUAAAACUAUCAGGAACUGAAGAGAAGAAAACGCAGAAAAAGAAAAAAAAGAAAAAAAGGCAGCAUAUCAUCGCCCCCAAAGGAGGGAAGAAGUUGGCACCUAAGAAAAUGCAACAUAAGAAUACUUCAUUUUUAAGUCUGCAGAAUAAUGUGAUUUCCCAGAAAAAAAAUGCCGUGGCUCAACGAAUAUCAUCAGCAAAACUUCAGAAAAUCAGAGAGCUGAAAAAUGAACUAUUUGAUUUACAACACAAACUAGAAGCGUCAAACUUAGAAAACCAAAUCCUAAAAGAACUUCAGUGUCGGCACUUGAAAGCAAUAGGUAGAUAUGAAAAUUCAGAAAAUAACUUGCCUGAUCUUUUGGCAAGACAUUAUACUGAGGUAAGAGCUUUAAGGAAACUCCUGAGGAUGUCUCAGGAGGAAGAACGAAAUACAGCCAGGAAGCUCAGAAAAGUUGAAGCAGAGUUGCUGAAAAAUAAAGAUGCUUUGCAAGCGUUGCAUAAACUUUCAGAAGACAAGGCUCUUGCAGACAGAGAUGAACUUAAUUACAGAUUAUCAGUCCUUACAGAAAAAAUGGAAGUCAAUAAUAAGAGAAUACAGGUCCUUGAAAAGCAGCUGAAGUUGAAUGAUAACACCUUUAGUCGUCAGUUGGCAGAUGAGAGUAAAAAAGCUGUUGAAGCUGGAAUAAUUACAAAACACUUGCAAAUGGAAAUUAAGUCUCUUCACCAAAAAAUAAAGGAAAAGGAACGAGAACUGUGUAUAAGGAAUAUAUAUGCAAAUCGGUUGCUUAGAAUUCCAAAGGACAAAGGCGAUUCAGCACCUCAUGAAAAAAGUGUUAGUUUAAACAAGUCAGUACAAGUAGACAAGCAGAGUUUUAGGUCACUGCUGCUGCCACAGCACCAAAACAAAGAAAAAGAAAAAAGACCCACUCAGCUAUCAAAGGAGGAAAAGCGUUCAGAAGAUAAAAAUCAAAAAGAUAGAGCCAAUGGAUCACACACAGAUGCCCGAUGUAGAGCAGAAAAGCAGACAACCAAGAAAAUCCCAAAGCUAGAAGCUCUGAGUAGAACAUGCAGAGAAUUUUUAAGGGAAGGCAAACCAGUGAUGGAAGAACAUACAUGUUUAGAAUACAUGAAACAAGAGGAAAAAAAGAGAGAAGAGCAAAAAAGGAGAGCUGAAUUGCUUAAACAGGAGCUGAAAAAAAUGCUGAAAACUGAACAAACUCCUCUAGAUGACAUUCUAAAAAAGAACAAGCAAGACGGAGAUACAGUGGAAGAAUAUGAACAAAAGCCAGACAAACAGUUAAAUAAUAAUAGGAAGGAAGACAGUAAAUGUGUAACUCCUAUGCAAAGAAACAAAACACCUAUUAGACUGAGAAAACAAUAUGUAUUCUCAGAAGCUACUGAAAAUUUGCAUCAUGGGCUUCCUACAACAGGUGCAAAAUCCCUAACAGGCAGCCACAGACACGCAUUGCAGGAGGGCAGCGAAAUAGCUGAAUGCAAGGUGAAAAACUCAUUUGGACUGUACGAACCAUCUUUUGGUAAAGUGCCCAAAACAAGGCAGGACAGUUUGGUCGAAGCGGAAGGCCGCACUAAUGUGACAUUCACUGAAAGGAAAAGCAGUCUUAUGAAAGAACUCUUUGGAGCGAGCUGUGUUUUAAAAGACAACCACUCAACCAGUACCAUGAGAGAAGCACGGAAAGAGAAGUGA